CCCGCCCCUGACUCUGAAGGAGUUCAUUGCAGGGAAAAAACGUGAAUAAAAGAAGAUACUCCCAGAAUGCUGCCUCUGGCCACAGUUGGCCAGUCAGGAGCCAGAAGAGUUGUGAUGGCGAGUCGAGGGCGAUCCAUGAAGGACGGCCGAUGCUUCUUCACCUGUUUGCAGAAAUCCUACUUCUUUGCCAAGAAGACACAUGUGGCGCCGGUGUCUCCCCGCUCCAACCCACACAGAUGUUUUAGUGCCUCAGCUUCUCAGCGGAAUGAGAAAGCGCCUUCCUACAGCUACGUGGUGGUCGGGGCCGGGUCAGCAGGCUGCGUCCUGGCCAACCGUCUCACAGAGGAUGCUCAUGAAUCCGUAUUGCUGCUGGAAGCCGGGCCUAAAGACAAAUGGCUGGGCAGUGUCCGACUCUCCUGGAAGAUCCACAUGCCAGCUGCGCUGACCUACAACCUCUGUGAUGACAAGUUUAACUGGUACUACCACACUUUACCUCAGGCCCAUAUGAACAACCGGGUGAUGUACUGGCCGAGGGGCCGUGUUUGGGGAGGGUCCUCCUCACUUAACGCCAUGGUUUACAUCCGCGGGCACGCCGAGGACUACAACCGCUGGCAGAGGGAAGGCGCUGAGGGCUGGGAUUAUGAGCACUGCCUGCCUUACUUCAGGAAAGCUCAGUGUCACGAGCUCGGAGAAAAUAGGUACAGGGGUGGCAGCGGACCUCUUCACGUGUCCAGAGGAAAGACCAACCAUCCCCUUCACAAAGCUUUUAUUGAGGCCGGGCAGCAGGCCGGGUACCCCUUCACUGACGACAUGAACGGAUACCAGCAGGAAGGCUUGGGCUGGAUGGACAUGACCAUCCAUGAAGGGAAAAGGUGGAGCACCGCCAGCGCUUACCUGAGACCUGCCCUGGGACGACCCAAUCUGAAGGCAGAAGUGAGCUGCCUGACCACCAAAAUCCUGUUUGAUGGCAGCCGUGCCGUGGGGGUGGAAUACCUGCAGAAUGGAGAGAAGAAGAAAGUGUUUGCAGAAAAAGAAGUGAUUCUGAGCGGUGGCUCCAUCAAUUCCCCGCAGCUUCUCAUGUUGUCUGGGCUGGGAAACGCAGACGACUUGAAAGAGCUCGGCAUCCCCGUCGUCCAACACCUACCAGGUGUUGGUAGUAACCUGCAGGACCACCUGGAGCUCUACGUCCAGCAGAAGUGCACUCAACCCAUCACCCUCUACAAGGCGCAGAAACCUUUUCAUAUGAUCAAGAUAGGCCUCGAGUGGCUCAGCAUAUUCACUGGAUAUGGAGCAACAGCUCACCUGGAGAGUGGAGGCUUCAUACGCAGUCGGCCGAACGUCACACACCCUGACAUCCAGUUUCAUUUCCUGCCCUCACAAGUUAUCGACCAUGGACGAGUAGCUUCCAAGAUAGAAGCUUAUCAGGUUCAUGUUGGCCCAAUGAGAAGCACCAGCAUGGGCUGGAUGAAGCUGAAGAGCAGCAACCCUCUGGAUCACCCGAUCCUGCAGCCCAACUACCUCUCCACAGAUGUGGACGUGUGGGAGUUCAGGGAAUCCGUCAAACUGUCCAGAGAGAUUUUUACCCAGAAGGCCUUUGACCCGUUUCGUGGUCCUGAAGUUCAGCCCGGUCCUCAGGUCCAAUCCGAUGCCGAGAUCGACGCGUUUGUGCGCCAGAAGGCGGACAGCGCCUACCACCCGUCCUGCACCUGCAAGAUGGGCUCGCCCUCAGACCCCAUGUCGGUGGUCGAUUCCCACACCCGUGUCCUCGGGGUGGAGCGGCUGCGCGUGGUCGACGCCUCCAUCAUGCCCAGCAUCGUCAGCGGGAACCUGAACGCGCCGACCAUCAUGAUGGCAGAGAAGGCUGCUGAUAUCAUCCGAGGCCGCCCUCCUCUCGACGACCGCGGCGUUCCCGUGUACCGACCUCCCACGCUCGACACGCAGAGAUGAACGGAGAGAAGACGGGCUUUCAGCAGGAAGAGGGUACUGGUGGCUCAAGACACAAUCCGUCAGGAGGUGAAUGUCUGGCUGCAUCAUUGAUUGGAUGCUAAUCAAUGAAACAAUGUGAAUUAAUGUGUGAAUGUUGCCGUAUUAACAUUUUGAUUUGUAGACAAAUGAUUCAUUGUCAACUUUACUCGUUUACGUUUUAUAUCGAAGAUUUAAAGGUCAGUUUGAAUGUGCGCUGGUCAGUCAGACCUCCGUUUCUGAAGAUUAACAAACGUUGAUACGCCAUCACACUUGUUUUUACUACCACUGACCUUUGUAGCACUGUUUUACAACCACGUAACAUUCUGCCUAAUAAUCUCAGUCCAUUUGAAAUGUUGCCAACUCAAAGCCAGUAUAGAUUACAGAACAUGAAGGAAAUGCAUCUCAUUAGAAAUGCAGUUCACAGCUGCAUUCUCGUGUGCAGCGAUGACUUUUAUCUGUCGAUCAGCAGCCUGCAGUCUCAGCUGCAGCAGCACUCUGUCUUCUGAUUAUUUAUAUCAGUCAUUUCUAAGUGUCAUUAUCUUCCUUCCUGAGCACUUGCUGCCUCAACAACCUUGAGAAAAAAUAUCUUUUCACUGGUUUCACAUCUCCAUGAUCACAAUCUUGAUGUCAGUGGUUGACUUCAGUUUCCUCUGUAUCUCAUGUCACUGUGCUACUUUUACCUUUAUUAUCGGCUUUUAUUAUGGUAUGAAAACCUUCACAUCAGCUCUGCUGCAUGAACAUAUACAGUAUCAUGUUUUUAUUAUGAUUAUUUUAUUUUUAUGUGGGAGAAAGAACAAAACAAUAUAAUCACAUACUGUACAGAUUGAGACUCACCGAACAAAAUUAGCUUCCUUUUUGUUGCGUCAACACUACCACAGCUUAAAGGAGCAUCCUGGAGUUGAACCAACUCUUGGUUUAUUAUUAAGCAGUAAGGGAGUGUAAAGGUUUAUACUUCUGAACAAGGCGACAGACAUGUCGGACAUUGUGACGGACACAAAGUGGGGAGAGGUCACGACAUCUGCCUCCAUAGAUACGACAAAAUAAGCGAUGGAAGCCGAGACUGUUAGCUCUGCUCCUUCUGCAUCUGUUAACAGAGAAGGUGACAGGUAUUUUUAUACACUUUUUGUACACAUACAAAGUUAACAUUACCUCGGUUUGUUAUCACAUAAGUGGAAUUACAUAUUACUAUUGUUAUUAUCGAACAAUACACAUGGGAUUGUUUUGACUCCAGAAUGUUCUUUUAAAGCCAUCACACUAACAUAAAUGUGUUUUCUUUCCCUGCCCCGUGUUGUUGCACAUGCACGAGACUGAACCUACAUCUGCAUCCUUUUAUACGUUUACCUUUACUGUUGAGUCCUCAGACCUUUGACUGUUUUCAGUGGCACCAUUGCUCAGCCAGCCUGGGUGAUCUAUGCAGUAGUAAUGACUAACUCAGUCUCAAAAUAGCUAGCUAAUAGUCUUAAAACAAAUACUUUAUAUGCACUAAAUACUUCAGGAAAGUACUCUUACAAGGGAAUCAAUUUGUGUCUUUCUGCCUCUUUCUCUACUGUGGAUGUUUACAAAGAUGUUUGAGAGUAUAAUUAAAUCAUCAAUGCCUUUAAGUUCAUAAUACUUUUACUUUACUUUGCUUAUAUCAGUGUUACUGAAAGAUGAAGUUUGUUUCAAUCAAGCACUGACACGUCGGUGUUGAGAUUAUGUAAUGAAUUAACGGAUCAAUGAAGUCGUCCUUUAGUGUUAUCAGCUUUAAAGAACAGCAUUAAGUUCUGCAUCGAAACUCACUUGAAUGAUUUUGUGUUUCUAGCUAAUAUUCAUUGAUGUAGCAAAGCGUCAUCGUAGCGACGUGUGAAUCUCUUCGGUCCCGAUGAAGGAAAAAUGAUGUGAAUCAUUAAACACGGAUCAGGAAGGGAAUUCAUUGUGAACAAGUUUUAUUUUUACGUUUCUCCCGUACUGAUUGUCAACAAGCCGUCCCAACCUUGUCCUGGAGACCGUUACAAAAAUCAGCAGGUUUGUUGUCACUUCAGGCAAAAAUGUACAAAACAGGGUUCUUGCUUUCAUUAGUACAAAAUCUAUAAGAUAAUAGUACUUAUGCUACAAAGUAAUAGCUCUUUUUUAUACACCAAAUAUUUAGAAAGCAGAAAUAUUCAAGUUCAUUGCGUCCUUUCUUUUUUUUUU